CAGAGCAGUCUCUCCAGGAAAGGAGCGCUAAAGAAACACAAGUGGGCCCUCGAACAUCACCGAGAUUUCUUCACUGGAGUUAUAACGUUUUUCGCCUCGGUUGACGUCUCUCUCAGGCUGAUGACGAUGUAAAAGUUGCAGGUUUUGUUUGGCACGAGAGGUUAAAUCAUUUAAGGGAUUGCAUGAUUGAGUCUUGAAUGAUUUCUGCAAGCUGUAGAUCCCCGGGCAGAGUUCGUUUUGGAGCAGCAGCAGAGGCAGAAAGCGGGUGAAGGAAAAUCGAAACGAAGAGACUUUGCUCCACGGCUCAACAUGAACCUGAUCGGGGGCUACCAGCAUCACCACCACCUCAUGCACGAGCCCUUCCCGUUCGUCCAAAGGUGUCACCAGGACGCACCCUACUUCCAGAGCUGGGUGGUGAACCACGGCGAGAUGCCCCCGGAGUUCCAGAUCCAGGCGCCCUACCCAUCAGCCGCGGAGCUGGGAGCGCCGGGAGUGACGCACGACGCCCGGCUAGAGGGGCUGCAGGCCGGCGUGGGGAAGAGGAGGACGUCGGGGCCGAAGAAGGAGCGCCGGAGGACGGAGAGCAUCAACACGGCGUUCGCUGAGCUGAGGGAGUGUAUCCCAAACGUCCCCGCGGACACGAAACUGUCGAAAAUUAAAACUUUACGCCUGGCGACCAGUUACAUCGCCUACCUGAUGGACGUGCUGGCCAAAGACUCCGGAGAGACGGAGGGCUUCAAGGCCGAGAUUAAGAAAUAUGAGAACAGGGACCUGAAGAGGAAACGGGAGCCGACUGACGCCAUCCAGGAGACUUUAGGAGCCGAGAAGAAGGUGAAGGGCCGGACUGGGUGGCCUCAGCAGGUCUGGGCUCUGGAGCUGAACCAGUGACCCCCCCCCAACCGUCAGAGACUCAAAUCAGAUAAAAACCACUGACUGAACCCAAACACAUCGCUGCGCAUGUGCAACGAUGCGCAAAGAGGAGCGAAUGAAAGGACAACAUGAAGCCACCACGGUGAACGGAGGAGGACGACACCACCACGGACUAGAACUGUUGAUCUUUCCUCCUCAUGAAGCCUGAUCCAGCUCCCACUGAUCGGACUGGGAGGGUUUGAUAUUUGUGGUAUUUCUGCGCCCCUCGGUACUCUAUACCAGAUGUUUCCCCAGCACUAAAACAUCUGUCUCCUUUAAGAAAAAGUGUUUUAUCUGGCGUCGAGAGGUCUUGUUUUCAACAUUUCAUGGAGCAGAAAAUUUAUAAAGUACAAAAAAGUGAAAGUGGAGGGAAAUUAGAGCAGGGGUGCUGCUUCAGAGGGUACAACCGUAAUUAUAGCUCUGAUGUUAGCAGCACAGGAAACCGGGAGCUGCUUGUCCCGGGAUGAUUGAAAAAUAAUGCAGAAUUAGCAUGUUUUCCUGACAUGUAUUGACCUGAAGAUUUCAGGCUUUAUUCGACUGUUUGGCGUCCAAAAUAAAGCUGUAAUGGCGCAAAAUAACCAGGAACUUUACUUUGAAAAUCAGGUCUUCUUGCAUUGUAUUUCCUGCAGGCUGUGGCGAUGAUGGGACAAAGUUAUUGUUAUAUUUUCUUUGGCCUGCUUUCUUUGAUUAUAUUGCCAGAACAAGUUUCACAUCAUUCCAUGUGAUAUCAGAUCAAAAUGCGUCAUUUAAAUAGAAAGAACAAGUUCAUUUGGUGCCACUGGGUUUCGACGGGAUUCUUCGUCUUUGUUAUGUCCUUUCAAAAUAAAAGAAAAAACCUGUUGAUAAAUUCAGAUCAAGGACUCUAGGCCCAGAUACAGCACGGUUCUUUUUAAAGGAGCACUUGUUUUCGUUGGCGCAGUCUGAGACGAUCCACACCACCUUUCCUCCAGUGUUUCUGUACUGUAAACUGUCCCAGGUCCCUGUUGUUGAUGUUCAGUGUAUGAGAUGAUGAAAUGUUGUGAAUCUACCUCAAACCAAAGACCCUGUUCGUCCUGAGGAGACGAGCAGGCAGAGACAUGAAUGUUCCGUUACGCACAGCAGCAGCUUUCACAGACAUUUUCAAAAUAAAACUAAAAACAGAGAUUUAAGCUUUAUUGUGACUGUGCGGAGUGUGUGGACGUGAAGUUAAAUAUAGAUCAGUGAAUAAAUGGAUUAUUU